CCCAGAUGUUUGAUUGUCCUUCGCGCUAGUCCGCUCCGGGUUGGUAGCCCCACAUGCCUUGUGAACCUCGGUCGACAGGCAACCCUGCGGUGCUACGGUUCGGCAAUUCAACUCUAGCUUGAGCUUUGGCGAUCGCGUGGAGGCUGCGUAGCUCGACUUCACGUCCUCUGCCCACGAUCAUGACAACGACGCCAACCUAGCACGAGGGCCAAGACAGCACGCUUCAUCUCUGCACCGACGACGGCUGAAUCAGGACAGCCGAAUCGCGACACGAUCAUGCAACCAGACCGAUAGUCUCAUCCAUUCACAAACGGCAACCAUUCGAACCACGACCGCACCUCGAUGAGCUCGUCCAACUUCGCCCAGGCCCAGCAGCGCCUGGCGGCGCGCCGACUCGCACGAGAGCAGCAGGCGCAAGCACACAUCGCCGCGCAGCGUGACGCAUCGCGCGCCUGGUCACAAGUCACGCGCCUUCCAUACCCCUUCAACCGCCUUGGCAGCACGUCCCUUGCGGCAUGGGAACUCAUCUCGUCGCGCGAAGGCACUCGACCGGCGUUCAGGGUGGGCCAGGUCGAUGCAGAGCUCCUGGAUGAGGACCUUCUCGGCCAGCUGAGUGACCAGGUCGGCGAGGCGGUGAAAUAUCUCGGCUCCAACAUCAAGGACGACUGGUCUGCCGAGAUCUUGCUCGCUCUGCGGGCGGUGCUGUUCAAGCUCUCCGUGUGGGAUAAUGAUGCGACGUACGGCGCGGCGCUGCAAAACCUGAAGUAUACAGACGCGCGGCACGACGGGCCCGUACUGGUGGCCCCGAGCCGGUGGCAGAAGGCUAUAUACGGCCUGGUCACGGUUGGUGGGAAGUACACGUGGACCAAAUGGGAGGACUGGCUGCGAGACCAACACGACGGCUACGACGAGCCGUCGCCACGGGUGCGCAUGCUGGAGGCGAUCACGGCGCGGAUAUCGUCCGUCCACUCCACGGCAGCCUUUGUCUCGUUCCUCAUCUUCCUGAUGCACGGACGGUAUCGGACGAUCCUGGACCGCGUGCUGCGCAUGCGCCUCGCGCCGCCGACGAGCCAGGUCAACAGGGAGGUGUCAUUCGAGUAUCUGAACCGGCAGCUCGUCUGGCAUGCGUUUACCGAGUUCUUGCUGUUCGUGCUGCCGCUCGUAGGAAUCAACCGCUGGCGCAGGUGGCUGAGCCGCACGUGGCGCAAGACAAAGGAGAUCAUCAGCACGGCCAAGACGACGACAAGAGAGGGCGAAGAUGGAGCCCCGGAGAAGCAGGGUGAGCUCGCGUUCCUGCCCGAGCGGACGUGCGCGAUAUGCUACCAGGACCAGAACUCGGCCGUGUCCGAGGCCGACAUGCUCGCUGCGGCGGCGGCGUCGGGCAGUGGCGUCGUCGGCUCGGCGCAAACCGAUAUCACCAACCCGUAUGAGGCCAUGCCCUGCGGCUGCAUAUACUGCUUCGUGUGCCUGGCCACGCGCCUCGAGCGGGAGGAAGGCGAAGGCUGGACGUGCUUGCGGUGCGGCGAGCUCGUGAAGGAGUGCAAGCCCUGGAGUGGCGACGUGCUCGAGGAGUCGCCCAAGUCUGCACUACGGAGAGCGUCUUCGUCGUGGCCACCAUCCGGGGCCGUGGCAGGACAACAGGUCGAGAAGCAUGUCGGCUUCACUGGGAUUCCGGAUGACGCGACGUCAGAAGAGGCCGGAUCUGCUGGCGCCGCGGUAGAGGACUCGACUGUGUACUAUAACGAUGAGGUCGCGGAGGACGAGCAGCCCGAGGUCACGCCGAUUGAGGGGUCAGAUUACACCGAUACUGAGUCAGAAGCGUAUGAGGAAGACGAGGAUGGCGUUGAGGAUGGGUUUAGCGAUUGAUAUGGGAUGACAUUAUUUUUGUUUGAUUCUUUAAAAAAAUUCUGGGAGCAUGACACGUAAUUGUAUAUUACCUUUAAUCCUUCUGCUGCUCAUGAAGGCUAGGAGCAAUAAUCAUACUUUUUUGCCAUUGAGAGUGUCUGGCAAAUACUUUAUAACGUGUGGCCUUGACCACCGA